AAUGAUAUAGUGUAGAGUUCCACACGUAUUUUACAGCUUGGUAAUGGAGUGUCAAAAUCUUAAUGACAGGCAAAUAGGAGUUGUUGGCAUUUAGAGCGUGUGACAUACUCUUAAACCAAGUUCUCACCCAUGGCGAGGCCUCUUCUCACCUCUUCCAUGCACAAUCUUCUAUUCUCCUCCAUGCCCAUCCCCACACUUUUCUUAGCUAUACUCUCAGUCUUGUGUUUAUUUUCCAUCAUCACUUUUCUCUGUGGUUCUGACAAACUGAAGAAGCUCCACUUAGAAGCAGAGAAAGAAGCAGCAAUAAAAACGAAUUCCAAGGAGCACAAGCUGAUUUCGAAGCUGAACAGCAAUAUUGGCAACAGGGCACUCUCCAUGGUGAAGAUGUUGUCUUGGAGGAAAGUGCAAGAGGGAGAAGUGGAGGGAGAAUAUAGUGAUCAAGAUGAAGAAGCCCUUUGGAGGAAGAACAUCUUGAUGGGAGAAAAGUGUCGUCCUCUUAGCUUUUCUGGGAAGAUUGAGAAUGAUUCUGAAGAGAAAAAUUAACACUUCUUUUUCGUUUGUGUUGUGGAGAUGAGUAUGGUUAGAAAUUGUAUUUGUGUGGCUUCAAUUAGAACUUGCUAACUAAUUGCUCAGAUUUUGGACAGUAUCUAGAGUUUGCUACUAUAUUGUAACAUAGGAAAUAAACUUGGCAACUUUUUUUUUGUGGGAACUUGUGUGAAACGUGUUGGCUUUGCAGGGAUAGACACGGAGCUUAGAAACUUUUCCAUGAAACUUAUAAUGGGAUUGAUUUCUUCUUGGUCUCUUA